GCUCUCCAUGACGUCAUGGAGACUUUCUCGGGCGAUCUCCCUUCGUGUCCGAGUAAUACCUUUCCUGCAACAGGAACCAUGAGCAAUGGUAUCUGCAGGAGAGCUCACGGGGUGUUGUGGCCCGCAGCCUGUGCAGGGGAGCAGGCCACCUGUAUAUGGCCUGCCCAAGACGUGCCAGUAGGAGAAGCCGGCUUCAACAACACCCUCCCCCAGGAGCACCCCAGCAGAGACACAGACCAGAAAGGGCAAGAUUCCUCCAAAAUGAAUGCUCUUUUACAUAAGAUUAAAUUUCCUCAAAUUACUGUUGAAGAUCAACAGAUGCUUGAUGCUCCAAUUACCGAGCAUGAAAUUCAGAAAGCUAUGUUGUCAAUGCAAUCAGACUUUCUGCAAUAUUUUCAGGAAAACAUUAUCUCCCUGAAUUCUGAACUUAAAGAGGCGAAGUGGCAAAUCAUGGAAAAAUCAGCUCGCUUGGAAAAGUCCCAACGUAAGAUUAUCGAUUUGGAAGCAAGAUCUCGUCAGAAUAAUAUUCGAAUUGUUGGAUUCGAGGAAGGAUCUGAGACCGGAGAUUUAUUAGACUAUUUCGCGAACUUGUUUCAAUCUCUGUUUCCGGAUAUUUUACCUCAACCUCCCGACAUCGGAAGAGCGAAUAGAAUUUUCACUUUGAAACCUCGGAACCCGGAUAAACCAAGAAACUUCUCCCAAUUGGCUUUCUCAAGGAUCCAAGUCCCACCUGUAUUUUCUGUGACCAAUGAGGCAGAAAUAUUCAUCUUGCACCAGAUUGGGCUAACUUACUCGAUCUUUGGACUCGGAGUUGUUGGUCAGGAAUCCCUCGCUCUGUGCUCGUCCGGUUUCAUCCCGUCCUGCGCCAUGGAUCUGGAGCUUUACCUCGACCUGCUGUCCCAGCCCUGCCGCGCCGUCUACAUCUUCGCCAAGAAGAACAACAUCGCCUUUGACUUCAAGUUCGUCAGUCUAAGGGCAGGGCAGCAGUUCAGCGAGGAGUUUGGCAAAGUGAACUUGCUCCGACGGGUGCCUGCUUUGAAGGAUGGUGACUUCAUCCUGGCUGAGAGUGUGGCCAUCCUGAAGUACCUGGCUGGUAAAUACCGGACCCCCAACCACUGGUACCCCUCCGAUCUGCAGCUGAGAGCCCGUGUGGACGAGUACCUGGCCUGGCAGCACACGGCCAUUAGGUUCCAAGGAUCAAGGCUCUUUAUGUUCAAGCGUCUGCUCCCUCUGCUGACGGGCCAGCCAAUUCCGAAGGAGCAGCUGGAUGAGGCGGUGGAGGACCUGCAGAGUUCAAUUCAGCUGUUGGAAGACAAGUUCCUCCAGGACAGGCCAUUCAUCGUAGGGAACGAGGUGUCCCUGGCCGACCUCUUCGCAAUCGUGGAGCUGAUGCAGCCCGUGAGUGUUGGGUUUGACCCAUUUGCUGAUCGGCCCAAGCUAGCUGCCUGGCGGGAUCGAGUCAAGGCAGCCCUGGGUAAGGAGUUGUUUGAUGAGGCCCAUGAGCAGCUCAUGAAGAGUGGAGAAGCUCCAAGUACUUUGGACCUCCAGUCUCCUGCAAUACAACGUCUAGCAAAAAACCUGAAGAAACGAUACAAGUGAUGGAGCCAAGCAUCUGCUCUCUCCAAAUAUUUCCUCCAAUGAAAUAAAGAGCUGAAAAGAGA